CUGACAGAUUGUGACAGCAAACCCCCAUAAGUCAAAGGAAAUUCCAGAAGGCAGGGAAAGCUCUUGAAUUUUACAGGAAGCAAAUACAUGUAUUCUAGUUUUUCCACCAUGGGCUCCAUAAAUAGACGCAAUGAACCAAUUAGCCGUGACGAAGUGCAGCGGCUUCUGAGAAACCCAUCAAAUAAUCCCGACCGAAUGCUGUUAUUUCUGGACACAAGAUUUGCCAGUGAAGAUGUGAGGAACUCCAACCGUGUGAUGCCUGACAUUCACAUAUUUUCCGGACCUGUAGUGGAAAAUUUGAGACCCUUUGUGCCGGUGAAUCUGUCGAAUGAGCACUCUUGGGUCUACUCCGUACUCUUGCAAGAACCAAUAGUUCGUCCUGCCCCUCCAGGGCGAAUUCGCUACACUUCUGUGUCUCGAUGGAGUCCACCAAUGCGUAUGGGAAGAAACGUGAUUUUUCCGGAGGACAUCAGAGGACUGAUACUGAUGGCCAUGAUAGUGAACCCCGAAAUCGACACCCUAAUGAACAUCGAUCCCAUCAAGGCCAUGUCCCUGAUGCUGAGCAUUGCCCUCUACUUUCUCCUCUGAGUCGGGAUAGUAACCAAAAACUAUUUAAAUUUACUAUUAUAAAUUGUAAAUUAAAAAUCUUAUUUUACUA